AUGCUAAAUGCCAAGAGGAAGCUGAGAGAUGGUAGCAAACGAGGGGGAGGCUGCUAUCAUAGCAACCUGGGCUUCCAUAACACCUUAAGAGAGGAGGCGGUGGCUUUGAAAAAGGAAGGAAACACUGUGGUUUUGGACUGCCACUUCCCCCAUCUCAUAGGCAUUGAUGAAGACUUGCUCAGCACUGGCAUCGUUCUGUAUUAUUUGAAAGAAGGCAGAACCAUGAUAAACACUAACAAAGGAUCCUAUGGUUUGAAUAUUGAAGAUGGUCAUUCCAGGCUCGACGGUGAACAUUGUGUGUUUGAAAACCACGCUGGGACUGUGACGCUCAUCCCUCAGGAGGGUGCAAUGUGCUCAGUCAAUGGCACCGUAGUAACUCAUCCCUGCCAGCUGACUCAGGGUGCCAUCAUACACCUUGGGAGAAGGACCAUAUUACGCUUUAACCACCCCACUGAAGCGGCCUAUCUCAAAGUGAAACAGCAGGUGAAGCAGAGCCUGACAUACAGUACUGCCUGUCUAAUGACUUUUUGCCAAACAUCUUUCAACAACUUAAUUGCAUUCACUGAAUUGCUUUCUUCUAAUGCAAUAUAG